UGAGAGAAUUUUUAAUUAAGUUUUAAGUCUUUCAAUUUUGUUAUUGUAUGUAAUUAAUUACAUAAUGAUCGCGAAUCUCCAAGAGCGAAAAAUUAUAGAUGAUUGGCCGACGUUGCGCCCUUUUCGCCUUGGGCAUCCUCCUGAUCCUGGUCCUCGGCGUGAACGUCUACUUCAUUCGGAUGAUGGUCGAGAGUUCCUCUUCGCAGAGGAUCUACGCUAGGAAUGCGUUGGAACCGAACGCGAGGCAGGAUCAGUUCACGCCCUCGCGAUCCAACGAAAAGAAUUCGCAGCUGCAAUUAAGGCCGAUCGUGAGGGGCAUCGGCGAAAAGCUCAAGGAGGAGAUUCGCACGCUGCCUUCCAAGUACUUCAAGCAGAACACCAGCUACGUCCUUGUCCUGGAACGGUUGCUGGCGGAAUUGAGGAUAAUGUCGAAUGUCCGCGAGGACAUCUGGAAUAUUCCCAAUAACAAAUGGCCGGAUGCUCAUCAGUUGAUUCCGCCGGUUGCACCGGAACUGGGGACCGUUCUAGAGGUCCUGCGAAGAUCCAAUGUGGUUCGCGCGGAUAACGCUCCGUUGGGCACCCAACUGAAACUUAUGCUCGACCUGGAGAACGGCGUGAGGGCAUUGUUCAAGCCGCGAUGGUACUCCAGAAAUGCAAUAAUACGCGGGCCUGUGUAUCAGGGCAAAGAUCGCCACAAUGCCGAAGUGGUGGCUUUCCACUUAUCGUCCUUGUUAGCGUUACGCAGAGUACCACUUGCCGUUGUACGAAAACUUGAUCUGAUGGAGGAAAUUCACAACCGCGCGACGCCAGAGUUGUACGCGACCAUGUAUCAGGAGGGUAACGAUACGUGCCUGUACGGAGUUUGUCACUAUUGCUCGCCGGCGGACCCUGUCUGCGGCACGGGGAAUAUGCUGGAAGGUGCUCUCAUCUUCUGGCUACCACGAUAUUUGAAACUGGUGAAGCAUCGUCAUCCCUGGCAGCGGACUUAUAAGAAGAACAAACUCGCCGCGUGGGAAGUCAACGAGGCUUACUGUGAUAAGGUGAAAGACUCCAAGGCCUAUUCACCGCAAUCGUCGAACAGACUCCUGGACCUGAUUGACACAGCCAUCUUCGACUUUCUCAUGGACAAUGGCGAUCGCCAUCAUUACGAGCUCGCACAAAGUAACUUUCACAAUCCUGCAGUGCUGCUGAUCGAUAAUGGCAAGAGCCUGGGCAAUCCCGACGUGGAUCAUCUCGACAUCCUAGCGCCUUUGUACCAAUGUUGCAUGAUUCACAAAACCACGUGGGACAGACUGCGGCUAUUCAGUGGUGGAUCCUUGAGCGCGGCAUUGAGCAGACUUCUCGAACAUGAAGCUGAAAUGUCGAACGUUGCCCCGCUCAUCACGGUCGAGCACUUAAGUGCCAUGGACAGAAGACUGCUUACUAUUUACGGUGUGGUAGAGAGUUGCCUGAAGAAGGAGAAAUACGCUUCGAAUGUGAUCCUGGAUCAUCGGUAGCCCGAGGAUAAUUCUUAGAGUGUUGCAAGAUAAUAUGAACUAAGUAUAUAAAUCAGAACGUUCCUUAUGCAAAUUAAGUAGAAAUGUUGAUUGAUUAAUUAAUUAAAUAAAAUAAGUUAAAUAUAGGAUAAAUUAGAAGUUCCAGAGUGAUUAAAAUAAAUACUCUUUUAUAAGAAAGGAUAUAUAUAUAUAAAGAAAUUUUUAAUUUUUUAAAUAACACUUUGCUUUGAUAAUUAUUAGAACUCAAUUUUAUAUCUUUUAUGAAAUGGAUACCUACCAUCUCGUUUUACAAGACGUCAUUUUAUAUUAACAUUUUGUCGGUGUUCCAGGACAAAUAAUAAUUUAUUUGCUAGGAAUAAUUUUGCAAAGAGCACACCACCUUUGCUUAGUCGAUAGAUGGACGCAGAGUGCGUAAAUAAGUACUGACUGACAACUCAGAUUUGAAUGCGAUUUAUUUGAUGACACAGUUAAUUAUCGUUAUUUGGGUAGAAUUCGGUGUGCGACGCCGUGUACAGCGUAUAUAAAUACGGUACAAACGUAAAAAAA